AUGGCUGCGGACGAGAAGGGCCCCGCUGCGGGCAGGGCGCCCGGCUUCGGCGAGGCGCCUCUUCCUCCCGACACAGCGGCUCCGGCCCUCGGCUCAGGGAGCUGCACCCCCCAGUCCCUCGCCCUGGACCAGCCUGUGCCCGCGGGGCACCCCGACCUCAGGCUGCUGCCUGGAGAAGCCGCUUUCCAGGAUUUGACGGAAGAGCCUUUGUUGAAAAGGCCUCGCACCGCCUGCGAGGCCGUGUGGGAAGGCAGCCUGCUCUUCCACCCCUUUCCCAGGAAGCUGUGGACGAUCGUCCACAGCAGUCGCUUUGCAUCCAUUGGGUGGAAUGAAGACGGGACUUGCAUAGGCGUCAACAGGCCGCUGUUUCAAAAGGAGGUUUUGGACAGGGACGGCCUAGACAAGGUGUUCAAGACAGAAUGUAUGAAGAGCUUCAUCCGCCAGCUUAACCGCUAUGGAUUCAGCAAAGUGUACCAGGACAUGCACACGUCCCUCUGCGUGACCAACCUGUCCACGAAGGAGCGGCCCGCCCACGUCCUGAGCGAGUUACACUUCUACCACAGUCCCCUGUUUCAGAGAGACUGCCCGCACCUCCUGGUGAGGAUGAAGCCGAGAGUGCACACUAAACCAGCAUCCGGGCAGGUGGACGGCGAGCCGGCAGCCCCGGGGCACCUCCCGGCGCCCAGCGCCGCGGAGCCGCAGGACGGCCUCCCACCGUAUCCUGAGCUCAUCCAGGGGACCCCGAGCUACCCGCAACUCGACCAUGCCUCCGCCCUGGCCAGGACUGACUCUGUCGCUCCGGCCCCUCCUUGGACAGCAGCCGAGCCCCCCACGCCGGAUCCCAACGCGCAGGUUCUGGUCCCUCUAGUCCCUGUCCUGGCAGAGGUGGCCCAGCCAGCCGAGGUCCCCUGGCUCUGCUGCUCCUGGCCUCCCGCCCAGAUGAGUCCUCCCUGGCCCGUGCCGGGCCUGGCCGCUGCACCCCCCCAAGUCCUCAGCCUUCCCCCCCCGCGCAGGUCCCGGGGGCCGCGCUGCUGCCUCUUGCGCACCCUGGAUGCCCGAGGUGGCCGCCAGGCCUGCCGACUCCCUGACCUUGAUCCGUCAGCCCCUGAGCCCCUUUGCUGCUGCUGCAUGGGCUCCCGCUGUUUCCUGGAAUACCCGACCCCUCCAGGCAGGCCCACAGAGGACCCUGACCAGGCAGACCCUGCAGACACACGGAGGUGGUAA